AUGGACAAGUCACAAUUAUUCGUCCAAGAAGAGGAAGAGAUCUCGGACUCGCCAGCCUUUGAUCAGUAUGAAGAUUCGCAUGAGCAGCCAUUAGAGGAAGACGAUGAUCCAAUCAUUCAGUCCAUUCCAAUCAUCCAUGGUGCACUUCCCAGCAGAGAAUCGCAAACAAUCCAUGUGCUACAAUAUUCAGGAAGACCCAAGAGCCGGCCAUUCAGCACAGAUCAACUUAAGGCCACUGUCAAGCCUCACAGCAAAGUCGUGGAGUUGAAGAUUCCCAUGGAUACUCUGAAAUUUUACGAUGAGGCUCGCGCAGAUGAACUAGGCACUCGUGUGGAAGCAUUAUCGCUUCUGGGUGUGUUGACCAAUACAGACGGUGGACUAUACAUUGGAAAAGUAGUGGAAAAGCAGGGAAAGUCACAGGUGGUGUUGGUUCCGCUCGAUAGUACUGCCCAACUUAGACCUCUGUUUAAGUACAUUGACGAUAUGGACUCAGCUAGAUCUGCUCAGGUGAGACAAGAGGCAUCAACCGCAGACCCCGUAAAGCCCACUGCUGUCCUGGUGCUUCAGACAGCGUCCAAGGCUGGACAGUUUAACGCAGAGGGUGCUGCACUUUCCACCAUUGGUUCUUGUUUGAGACAUAUCAAGCAGUUCAAUGAGGAAAGCUGGGAAACACUCAGCUGGAGGAAUUUAGAGGACAGUUCGACCUCCACUUUGAAAAAAGCCAUCGAAAGUCCAAGCGAGGAGUCUGUGGCCACAUCGACUUUAUUUGGUGAAUUUGCAUAG